CCCUUGCUUUCCAUUUCAUGCCACUCUAUAAUUUCUACUCAUUGUAAUUGUUGCUUAAAGUUUUCCUUCUUCUUCUUCUUCUUCAUCCUGUAGCAAAAGAGAAAAAUAAUUAAAUGAGUCUUGAGAGGGAUAAGCAAUUGUUAUACAGGUGAUGCAUAUAUAUAUUUGUAUACAUGCAAAACACACCUUCUUCAUCUUUAUCUUUGGAUCAAUAUCUAUAAUAGUUCCCCAUCCUUCUUCUUAAUUCCAACCCCCAGCUUCACUUAUCAUCAUCAUGUGAAUCACCUAUUUUAUUCUAUUCUAUUCUUUCUUCUCUUUUAAUUAAUAUUCCUAUGUGAUUGUUGUGUCUUAACACUUUCUCUCUCUCAGUCUUUCUUUUCUAUAUACUUUAAACAAACACUCCCAUGAUGAUCAAAGUCUGAGUUGUGCCUCUGAUUCCUCCAAACUCCUAAAAAACAUUCUUCGAUCUCCACCUCGAUCGCUCCUUCUCUCAAAACCCUAAAAGCCUUGAUCACUCACACACAGUACACUAUCAUAAUCAUAAUCAUCAUCAUCAUCAUCAUCAUCAUCACUACCACCAAGAAAAGCAAAAGAAACAUAAAACCCUAAUAACCAUGGUCUGAUCAACCAUGGAGGGAGAAGGUGGCACCGGAGCCCGCCGCCCCAACUUCCCUCUCCAACUCCUUGAGAAGAAGGAAACAAUAAUAACAACAACAACAACAGCAAGUGAUCCCUGUUUCUCCUCCACUCCAACCCCUUCUGAACCCUCCAAGAAACCCCCUCCCAAACGCUCAUCCACCAAAGAUCGUCACACCAAGGUCGAAGGCCGUGGACGCCGCAUCCGCAUGCCUGCCCUCUGCGCCGCUCGCGUCUUCCAACUCACCCGUGAGCUCGGCCAUAAAUCCGAUGGUGAAACCAUAGAGUGGCUUCUCCAACAAGCGGAGCCAGCAGUCAUCGCCGCCACCGGCACCGGCACCAUCCCUGCCAACUUCACCUCCUUGAACAUCUCCAUGCGUAGCUCUGGCUCUUCCCUCUCCGCUCCUUCUCAUCUCCGUUCCUCCCCCGCCUGCAUCUUCUCCCCUUCCACCACCUCCGCCACCGCUCACUACUUCGGCCAACCACUCCGCUCACGCUCUCAUGAUCAUUGGGAUCCAUUGCAAUCUGAAGUCCCUUCUUCCACUUCUAUGCUCAGCUUUCAUCCUGACACCACCUCCGAUGCUGCAAAUGCUCGCAAACGUCGGUGGGAACAAGAGUCUCAUAAUAUCCAACAACACCAUGAGCAACAACAGCAACAGCAGCAACAAAUGGCGAGUUAUAAUACUACACAAAGCAACAGCAGUAGCAGCAGUAGCCAUGGACAGCAUGUUCCUGCAACUCUUUGGAUGGGAUCAAACCCUAGUGGUCAUUUUCCAGGUGGUGAUUCCAUGUGGUCUUUCCCAUCAAUGGGGCCUGGCAGUGGUACCACUACUAUGUUCAGAGGUUCCAUGUCUAGUGGCUUGCAGUUCAUGAAUUUUCAUACUCCAAUGGCUUUACUACCUAUACAGCAACUUGGGUUGGGGUCUGGAGUUGGUGGUAGUGAAGGUCAUAUGGGUAUUCUUGCUGCUCUCAAUGCUGCUUAUCGUCCUCCCGGUGCUGCUGCUGCUGCUGCUGCUGCUGGAGAUGGUAAUGGAGGUGGUGCAGGAGGGUCAUCUCAGCAAGCUCAUGGAGGUGGUGAUCGGCAUGACACCAUGAGCACCAGUGAUUCUUAGAUGCUGGUGAAAAUACAGUCAAGCAGUGAAGCUGGCCAUUCUUUGAUAUAUGAUGAUCAGUGAGUGGAAAGAAAGAAAGAAAGAAAGAAAGAUCAAAUUAAAGUGAGGGGGAUGAAUCAUGAAUGGAUAUUGAUCAACAUAUAUAUCUUUUUUUUUUUUUAGGGUUUAUAUAUAUAUAUAUAUGAGUUGGUUGGGCUGUAGCUAGUAGUACUAGUCCUGAAUGAAUUUGCUGGCUUUUUUCUUUUCUUUUUGAGAGGUGUGGUUAUGAGUUUUGAUUCAGCAAAGUGUUUGUCAUACAAUGAUGAUCAUAUUUCCAUUAUUCUUUUUA